AUGGUGACGGGCUCCGUGGGCGGAUCCCUGAGUGUGCAGUGUCACUACGAGGACAAAUUCGCAGGACAUGUCAAGUACUGGUGCAGAAACUCAUGUUGGUCAUCAGGGGGAAAGAUCGUGGAGACCAGCAGGUCAGAGAGAGAGAGGAGAGGCUGCGUGUCCAUCAGGGACCAUCCGGCCAUCCUGACCUUCACGGUGACCGUGGAGAACCUCACAGAGGCUGAUGCAGGAACGUACUAUUGUGGGGUUGACACACCUUUAUCACCCGACCCCACGUUCCAGGUUGAGGUGUCUGUGUCCCCAGCCCCCAGGAGAACCCCCAGUCCUGUGGCCACCACAAGCACCCCCGGUUCUCAGGGGGCACCGUCAGCAUCCAGCUCAACCACCGAGAUCUGGCGAGAGACUCUGGGUCCCAGCCAGCACCCCGGCUCCCUGCUGGGCAGCGUCCACUUCCUGCUCCUGGUCUUCCUGAAGGUGCCCCUGCUCCUGGGCAUGCUCAGUGCCGUCCUCUGGGUGCACCGGCCUCAGAGGCGCCCUGGGGGGAGGCAGAGUCAGCCUGACUACGAGAACAGGUGA